UUAUGGAUUUUGAGUAACUAAAAUGACAGACAAGGCCGGGCAUGGUGGCUCAUGCCUGUCACCCCAGCGUGGUCACAACACUGGUCACAGUUGAUUCUGGGGCUGAUACACAGAUAGCAUUAGCUCCCCACCAAGGGCAGUGGGGCCGGCGGUUCAGCGUCUGCACGCCUUCCCGGCCGCCUGCCGCCUGUGUGCGGGUGAAUGUUCUCCUCAAGGCCAUCCUUACCGUUGGGCACUUCCCUUCGGCUUGCACUGCCCUGCCUGAGGCAGCCUGGCAGGGGCCCCACCGGGCAGGAAGUAAUGCCAGGAAAGUGAAACCCUGUGGGCGAUAUGGCUUAUGGGUUCCUCACCUCCGGUUCCAGGAAACACCCAAGGCAAACAGACCAGAUGCUAGGAACAAGCCUCAAGCCACAGCACUUAGAACGCCGCAGCACUUAGAACGCCGCAGCACUUAGAACGCCGCAGGCUUUGCUGUUUCUUCAGGGAGUGGCUUCACCCGUCUUGGAGUCUGUCUUCCGCCAUCGUCACUCAUGCUGCUGCCAGUCCUUCUCCCGAGCCAACAGCACACCUGUCACCUCGGCACACCUGUGGAGUCACCAGAGGGACUGGGGAAAACCUGGGGAAAACCAUGCUACUGCCACUCAGCCUUCACGUUCCUGGAGCCCUAAAAGACGCGAGGCCCUGCGGGGCGUCUCCCACCCGAGGCAGUUCAAGGGGAGAAAAGAACUACCUUGAUGGGAGAUCUCUGGCUGACGUGAUGGCAGAGGCUUGACGGAGGCUUCGAGGACUCAGAUGUGGGGAACGUCUCUACCUCAGUGCCAGCUCCAGUGCCUCCUUGUCCCUGGAUGGAGCCUCCUCCUCUGAGAGAAUGUCUUAAAAACUCUCCAUUUCACUCGAUGACACACGUGUGUCUUCUCACAGUGACCUUGUCACCUUAAGGGGUCAACAGCCUUCACACUCACCCUAACAUCUUCCCGGAAAAGAGACGCCAGGAACAUUGGCAAAAAUACCCCAGUGUUACCGCGUCCGUCCCAAGAAUGAGCCUGGCUCAGCCUCAGGCUCAGAGACCUCUGCACGUGGCAGUCCACGCAUCUGGGGCAGGUCAGUGACCGUUUCCCCAUCCUUGCCUCAGCUCUCCACCCACUCGGUGGCAGUCCCAGACCUGAGCAGCUCGCAGCUUCCAAGCAGCCGCUCUUGCCCCGAGCCCCCGGCCCUGCCACUUGCAAGGCAUGUAAUAUCACUCAGUCUCUUCAAAUCUCGAUGUCCUCACCUGUGAAAUGCGGCCGCUGUUAACAAGAUGAGCUGUAAAGCACGAACACGAGCACGAGCUGUGAACAUCUGUAUUAUUCAUGGCAUCAUAAUGUGCCCACGAGAAAAGGAAGGAGAAGUCCUGCCUCCCUGGUCUGCUCAUCACAAGUCAGCUGACCCCCAGUAACUCGAGACCCAACACAGAUGCAGAGGCCACGCUGCCUGCAGAGUUUAAUCCACGAGGUCUGAAAAUAGUAAUGUGACAACACCGCUUCCCUCAACCACUCCAAGUAGCCGUAUUUCUACGAAGAGCAUUCCUCACAAGACAUCCUCUUCAGGUGAAACAACCACCUCACCCCAUUCCAGUGUGAGCAACACAUUCCUGAUGACAUCACAGGUGCAAACAAUGAAAAUGUCCACAGACUCCAUUCCGGGAACCACAGGGGAAACAUCAACAACUGGAAGUAAAACUCCUGCCGCAGUUAUCUCAGCAGGCUCAGCAGCAGUGACACUCGAGGGACAAUCAACUGCCACUUCUUCAAGGACCUCUAAUCAGGACAUAUCAGCUUCAUCUCAGAACCACCAGACUAAGAGCAUGGAGACCACCAGAGAAUCUGAAACUGGCACCCUCACACAGAUGGCCACAUUAACUUUUUCAUCCUCCCCAAGUGUACACAAUGUGACAGAGACUGUUUCUCAGGAGACAUCUACUCCAGGUAAAACAAUGACCUCAUACCCCUCGAGUUUCAGCAACACACCCGUGAUGACAACAUCCACAGACUCCACUCUUGGAAACACAGAGGAGACAUCAACACUGGGAACUAAAAGUCCUUCCCCACUGGCCUCAGCAGCCUCCAUAACAGCUGAGACAAAUGGACAAUCAACUGCAGCUUUGCUGAGGACAUCUAUUGAGGAGAAAUCAGUUUUUUCCCAGAACCACCGAACUCACAGCAUGCAGACCACCAGAAAAUCUCAAAUCAGCACUCUCACACAGAUGACGACAUCAACUCUUUCCUUCUCUCCAAGUACACACAAUGUGACAGGGACUGUUUCCCAAGAGGCAACUCCUCCAGGUGAAACAACCACCUCAUCCCCCUCCAGUUUCAGCAACACACCCCCAAUGACAACAUCUACAGACUCCAUUCUUGGAAACACAGAGGAGACAUCAACACCUGGAACUAAAAGUCCUACUCAAGUAUCCUCAGUAGAGUCCAUAACAGAUGAGCCAACAGGACAAUCAACAGCACCUUCCUCAAGGACCUCUACCCAGGACAUAUCAGCUUCUUCUCAGAACCACCAGUCUCAGAGCAUGGAGACCACAAGCGAAGCUGAAACCGGCACCCUCACACAGAGAUCCACAUCAACACUUUCCUCUUCCCCAAGUGUACUCAAUGUCACAGAGACUGCUUCUCAGGAGACAUCCUCUGCAGAUGAAAUGACCACCCCAUCUCCCUCCAGUGUCACCAGCACACCCAUGAUGACAUCAAAGGUUAUGACAAUGACAACCUUUACAGAAUCCAUUUUUAAUAACACUGAGGAGACAUCGACACCUGGAACUAAAAGUCCUACACCAGUCCCCUCAGCAGCAUCCAUCACAGCUGAACCAGAAGGACAAUCAGCAGCACCUUCCUCAAGGACCUCUACCCAGGAUAUAUCAGCUUCUUCUCAGAACCACCAGUCUCAGAGCACAGAGACCACCAGCGAAGCUCAAGCCAGCACUCUCACACAGAUGAUGACAUCAACUCAUUCCUCUUCCCCAAGUGUACUCAAUGGGAUGGAGACUGUUUCUCAAAAGACGUCUCCUGCAGAUGAAAUGACCACAUCAUUUCCCUCCAGUGUCACCAACACGCUCAUGAUGACAUCAGAGACUAUAGCAAUGACAACCUCCACAGACUCCACUCUUGGAAACAUAGAAGAGACAUCAACACCAGGAACUGAAAGUUCUACCCCAGCGAUCUCAGCAGUCUCAAUAACAGCUGAACUGGAAGGACAAUCACGAACAACGUCCUCAAGAACUUCUAUCCAGGACACAUCAGCUUCUUCGCAGAACCACCAGACUCAGAGCAUAGACACCACCAGAGAGUCUCAAACCAGCACUCUUACACAGAGAACCACAUCAAUUCCUUCCUUCUCCCCAAGUGUACACAAUGUGAAAGGGACUAUUUCUCAGAAGACAUUUCCUCCAGGUGAAACAACUACCUCAUCCCUCUUUAGUGUCACAAACACACCCAUGAUGACAUCAAAGAAGAUAACGACGACAACCUCCACAGACUCCACUCUUGGAAACACAGGGGAGACAUCAGUACCUGUUACAAGAAGUCUUAUGCCAGUCACUUCAGCAGCCUCAAUAACAGCUGAGCCAGAAGGACAAUUACCAGCAACUUCCUCAAGGACUUCUACUCAGGACACAACAGGUUUUUCUCAGAACCACCAGUCUCAGAGCACAGAGAUCACCAGUGAAGCUCAAACUGACACCCUCACACAGAUGAUGACAUCAGCUCUUCCCUCUUCCCCAAGUGUACUCAACGUGACGGAGGCUGUUUCUCAGAAGACAUCUCCUCCAGAUGAAAUAACCACAUCAUUUUCCUCUAGUGUCACCAACACACUCAUGAUGACAUCAAAGACUAUAACAAUGACAACCUCCACAGACUCCACUCUUGGAAACACAGAAGAGACAUCAACACCAGGAACUGAAAGUUCUACUCCAGUGACCUCAGCAGUCUCAGUAGGAGCUGAACCAGAAGGACAAUCACGAACAACUUCCUCGAGGACCUCUACGCAAGACACAUCAGAUUCUUUGCAGAACCACCAGACUCAGAGCAUAGAGACCACCAGAGUAUCUCAAAUCAACACCCUCACACCGGUUACAACAUCAACUGUUUUAUCCUCACCAAGUGGAUUCAACCCAAGUGGAACAGUUUCUCAGGAGACAUUCCCUUCUGGUGAAACAACCACUUCAUCCCCUUCCAGUGUCAGCAACACAUUCCUGGUGACAUCAGAGGUGUUCAGAAUGCCCACCUCCAGAGACUCUACUCUUGGAAACACAGAGGAAAUAUCACUACCUGUAAGGGGAACCAUUUCUGCAAUUACUUCUAGAGUUUCAACCAUAUGGUUGUCAGACACACUGUCAACAGCACUCUCCCCCAGUUCUUUACCUCCAAAAAUAUCCACAGCUUUCCACACCCAGCAGAGUGAAGGAGCAGAGACCAUAGGAUGGCCUCAUGAGAGGAGUUCAGUCUCUCCAGGUGUGUCUCAUGAGACAUUUCCUCCACAUGAAACCAUAACAUGGCCUUUCUCAUUCUCCAGUGAAGACCGCACAACUCGCUCACCAAAAGAACUGCCCUCAACACCAACAGGUGCUGCCACUAGGCUUGUCACAGGAAGUCCAAUAGUGCCAGGGACAGCUGGCACUAUUCCAAGGGUCCCCUCUGAGGUCUCAACAAUAGGGGAAUCAGGACAGCCCACCACACACCCCUCCCACAGCACAACUCUCCUGGAAACAACAGGGGCAGGUGCCCAGACACAAUGGACACAAGAAACGGGGACCACUGGAGAGGUUCCUAUCAACAGCCCAAGCUACAGUGUGACUCAGAUGAUAAAUACGGCCACAUCCCCAUCUUCUUCACCUAUGCUGGAUGGACACACAUCACAACAAAUUACAAUGGUACCAUCAACAAAUCAUUCAACAAUACAUUCCACAAACACCUCUCCUCAGGAAUCACUGGCUGUUUCCCAGAGAGGUCACACUCAAGCCCCGCAGACCACACAAGAAUCCCAAACCACAAGGUCCAUCUCCCCUGUGACUGACACCAAGACAGUCACCACCCCAGGCUCUUCCUUCACAGCCAGUGGGCACUCACCCUCAGAAAUUGCUCCUCAGGAUGCACCUACCAUAAGUGCAGCGACAACCUUUGCCCCACCUCCCACUGGGGAUGGUCACACAACCCAGGCCCCAACCACAGUACUGCAGGCGGCACCCAGCAGCCCUGACUCCACCCUGGCGCCCUCAGGAGGCGCAUCACUUUCCAUAACAGGUGCCCUUCCUGGUGUAGUGUCAACACCAGGGGUCCCAGAAGGACGAUGGACAUCAGCCUCUGCCAGCACCUCACCUGACACAGCAGCAGCCAUGACCCAAACCCACCAGGCUGAAGGCACAGAGGCCUCUGGAGAAACACAGACCAGUGAACCGGCCUCCUCAGGGUCGGGCACCACCUCAGAUGGCACAGCUACCCCUUCCUCAUCCAGGGCGAGCAGCACAACACCUUCAGGAAGCGAAGGAAUAUCCAUCACAGGAGAGACCACAUGGUUCUCGCCAAACCCCUCCAGGGACAGUCACACAACCCAGUCAACAACCGAAUUGCUAUCUGCCUCAGCCAGUCAUGAUGCCACCCCAGUAAGCACAGGAAUGGUGUCUGCGAUUGUCCCCAGCACCUUUCCUGUCACCCUCUCUGAGGCCUCCACUGCAGGGAGACCGACAGGACAGUCAAGCCCAACUUCUCCCAGUGCCUCUCCUCAGGAGACGGCCGCCAUUUCCCGGAUAGCGCAGACUCAGAGGACAGGAACCAGCAGAGGGUCUGACACCAUCAGCCUGGUGUCCCAGGCGACUGACACUUUCUCAACAGUCACACCCACACCUCCUUCGAUCACAUCCAGUGGGCUCACAUUUCCACAAACCGAGACCCACACUCUGUCACCUUCAGGGUCUGGUACAACCUUCAACAUGGCCCUCGUCAGCAACAGCCAUGGCACCCAGACAACAGUGCCAACCUCAUCACCUGGGACCACGGAAGGGCCACCUAAGGUCAGUUCCAGCACCCUGAGUGAUGGCGCCUCUCAUUCUCCUUCCACAGUUGUGUCCACCAGUGAGGGUGUUCUGACCACAAGCAGGAGCUCAGUCAUCCAUGAGACCGUACCCGCAGCGGUCUUUACCCCGUUACAUUCUGGUAACAACGCCUUAACAAUUACCACGCGGGUGCCUGCAUCGUCAGUGGGCAUCUCAAGCACGCCCAGCCCUGAGCACCCGGAAGCUACUAAAAGGGUGACCCCCACACCCAACCCCAUGAUAAGGUCCACGCACAAGAGUUCUACAAGCAAUCAUAGUGGCACAAUGAAUUCUACGCCAACCUCGUCAUUCUCCCCUACCACCUACCUGUCAAUCCAGACCACUCUGGAAGCUUCUUCAGCAUCUAAGUAUCCUAAGAACACAUUUCCCACUCCACAGCCAUCCAGAGACUCAGCUUCCUCCAGUGACAUGAACACAGCUCAGACCACACUGACUUUCUCUCCUUCCAGCAGUCACUCUCCAUUCUCUCCAGCAUUCCCUGGCCCUGCUGUCACGUCGAACUCCACCACCCUACUCACAGGUCAUGCCACGCCUCUUGCCGUCAGCAGCGCAUCCUCAGCAUCCACAGUAUCCUCGGGCUCCCCUCUGAAGACGGAAACAUCAGGAAUGACGACAACCUCAGUGAAGACAGGCAGCGAGAGUGGCCGAGUCACAUCACUACCCCCAACAACCUCCCAGACCGCCACAGCCCCAUCCCCCCCGACCACCUCCCAGGCCUCCACCUCUGCCACUCCCAGCACUGCCAUGCACACCCGCUCCACAGCCGCCCCCGCCCCCGUCCCGGUCCAGCCUGAGAAAGGAGCUUCCCUCCUCCCCUACGGGGCCGCCGCCGGGGACCUGGAGUUCGUCAGGAGGACCGUGGACUUCACCUCCCCGCUCUUCAGGCCCGCGACUGGCUUCCCCCUCGGCUCCUCGCUGCGCGAUUCCCUCUACUUCACAGACAAUGGCCAGAUCAUCUUCCCAGAGUCAGACUACCAGAUGUUCUCCUAUCCCAACCCACUCCCAACAGGCUUCACAGGCUGGGACCCUGUGGCCCUGGUGGCUCCGUUCUGGGACGAUGCUGACUUCUCCACUGGUCAGGGGACCAUAUUUUAUCAGGAAUACGAGACGCUCUAUGGUGAACGCAGGCUGCCAGUCCUGCAGGCCGAGUCUUGGAUUAGAAAGAUCACAAACAAUGGCGGCUUCAAGGCCAGGUGGACCCUAAAGGUCACGUGGGUCAAUGCCCACGCUUAUCCUGCCCAGUGGACCCUUGGGAGCAACACCUACCAGGCCAUCCUCUCCACAGACGGGAGCAGGUCCUAUGCCCUGUUUCUCUACCAGAGCGGUGGGAUGCAGUGGGACGUGGCCCAGCGCUCAGGCAACCUCGUGCUCAUGGGCUUCUCCAGUGGAGACGGCUAUUUCGAAAACAGCCCACUGAUGUCCCAGCCAGUGUGGGAGAAGUAUCGCCCUGAUAGAUUCCUGAAUUCCAGCUCAGGCCUCCGAGGGCUGCAGUUCUACAGGCUACACCGGGAAGAAAGGCCUAACUAUCGUCUCGAGUGCCUGCAGUGGCUGAAGAGCCAGCCUCAGUGGCCCAGCUGGGGCUGGAACCAGGUCUCCUGCCCUUGUUCCUGGCAGCAGGGACGAUGGGACUUACGAUUCCAACCCGUCAGCAUAGGUCUCUUGGGCCUAGGCAGCAGGCAGCUCUGCAGCUUCACGUCCUGGCGAGGAGGCGUGUGCUGCAGCUACGGGCCGUGGGGAGAGUUUCGUGAAGGCUGGCACGUGCAGCGUCCCUGGCAGUUCGCCCCGGAACUGGAACCGCAGAACUGGUGCUGCCUCUGGAAUGACAAGCCCUACCUCUGUGCCUUGUACCAGCAGAGGCGGCCCCGCGUGGACUGUGCUACAUACAGACCCCCACGGCCUGCCUGGAUGUUCGGGGACCCCCACAUCACCACCUUGGAUGGUGUCAAUUACACCUUCAAUGGGCUGGGGGACUUCCUGCUGGUCGGGGCCCAGGACGGGAACUCCUCCUUCCUGCUGCAGGGCCGCACGGCCCAGACUGGCUCAGCCCAGGCCACCAACUUCAUCGCCUUUGCGGCUCAGUACCGCUCUGGCAGCCUGGACCCUGUGACGGUCCAAUGGCUCCUUGAGCCUCAUGAUGGAAUCCAUGUCCUGCUGGAUAACCAGACUGUGACAUUUGAGCCUGGCCAUGGAGACGGCGGAGGCCAGGAGACGGUCAACGCCACCGGAGUCCUCCUGAGCCGCAACGGCUCCGUGGUCUCUGCCAGCUUCGACGGCUGGGCCGCCGUCUCGGUGAUCGCGCUCUCCGACAUCCUCCACGCCUCCGCCAGCCUCCCGCCCGAGUGCCAGAACCGCACGGAGGGGCUCCUGGGAGUCUGGAAUAACAAUCCGGAGGACGACUUCAGGAUGCCCAAUGGCUCCACCGUCCCCCCAGGGAGCUCUGAGGAGACGCUUUUCCACUACGGAAUGACCUGGCAGAUCAACGGGACAGGCCUCCUUGGCAAGAGGAAUGACCAGCUGCCUUCCAACUUCACCCCUGUUUUCUACUCACAACUGCAAAACAGCUCCUGGGCUGAAGAUGUGAUCUCCAGCUGUAAUGGAGACAGCUCAUGCAUCUAUGACACCCUGGCCCUGCGCAACGCAAGCAUCGGACUUCACACGCGGGCCGUCAGCAAAACCUACAAGCAGGUGAACGCCACCCUCAAUCAGUACCCGCCCUCCAUCAAUGGUGGUCGUGUGGUUGAAGCCUACAAGGGGCAGACCACACUGAUUCAGUACACCAGCAACGCUGAGGAUGCCACCUUCACGCUCAGAGACAACUGUACUGACUUUAAGCUCUUUGAGAAUGGGACGUUGCUAUGGACACCCAAGUCGUUGGAGCCAUUCACUCUGGAGAUUCUAGCGAGAAGUGCCAAGAUUGGCUUGGCAUCUGCACUCCAGCCCAGGACUGUGGUCUGCCAUUGCAAUGCAGAGAGCCAGUGUUUGUACAACCAGACCAGCAGGGUGGGCAACUCCUCCCUGGAGAUGGCCGGCUGCAAGUGUGACGGGGGCACCUUCGGCCGCUACUGCCAGCGCUCCAAGGACGCCUGUGAGGAGCCGUGCUUCCCGAGUGUCCGCUGCAUUCCUGGGAAGGGCUGCGAGGCCUGCCCUCCACACCUGACUGGGGAUGGACGGCACUGCGCUGCUCUGGGGAGCUCUCUCCUGUGUCGGAACCAGUCCUGCCCUGUGAAUUACUGCUACAAUCAAGGCCGCUGCUACAUCUCCCAGACUCUGGGCUGCCAGCCCACGUGCACCUGCCCCCCGGCCUUCACCGAUAGCCUCUGCUUCCUGGCUGGGAACAACUUCAGUCCAACUGUCCACCUAGAACCUCCCUUAAGAGUCAUCCAGCUCUUGCUCAGUGAAGAGGAAAAUGCCUCCAUGGCAGAGGUCAACGCCUCGGUGGCAUACAUACUGGGGACCCUGGACAUGCGGGCCUUUCUCCGCAACAGCCAAGUGAACCGAAUCGAUUCCCCAGCACCGGCCUCGGGAAGCCCCAUUCAACACUGGAUGGUCAUCUCGGAGUUCCAGUACCGCCCUUGGGGCCCCGUCAUCGACUUCCUGAACAACCAGCUGCUGGCUGCGGUGGUGGAGGCGUUCUUAUACCAGGUUCCACCGAGGAGGGAGGAGUCCAGGAACCACGUGGUCUUCCAGCCCAUCUCCGGGGAAGACGUGUGGGAUGUGAGAGCCUUGAACGUGAGCACGCUGAAGGCUUACUUCAAAUGCAAUGGCUACAAGGGCUAUGACCUGGUCUACAGCCCCCAGAGCGGCUUCACCUGCGUGUCCCCGUGCAGUAGGGGCUACUGUGACCAUGGAGGCCAGUGCCAGCACCUGCCCAGUGGGCCCCGCUGCAGCUGUGUGUCCUUCUCUAUCUACACGGCCUGGGGAGAGCACUGUGAGCACCUGAGCAUGAAACUCGACGUGUUCUUCGGGAUCUUCUUUGGGUCCCUGGGCGGCCUCUUGCUGCUUGGGGUCGGGGUGUUCGUGGUCCUGCGCUUCUGGAAUUGCUCCAGGACCAGCUUCUCCUAUCCCCUGCACUCAGCUGAGGCCUCGCCUUGAAGGGACAGCUGUGGCCUAGGCUACCUCAAGACCCACCCCAUCCUCACCGCACACUUAAGGCGCCAUUGCUUUUGGGAGACUGGAAAAGGGAAGGUGACUGAAGGCUGUCAGGAUUCUACAAGGGGAGUGAAUACUGGGACUCAAGACAAGACUAUACCUUAUCCAUAGGCUCAGGUGCACAGGGGGAGGCCAUAAAGACAAACAAGCGUGGAGGGGUCCUCACGCAGACGCCCCCACAGAAGGACACUGGCCUGUGCACGCGUGCGCGCACAUACACACACACACACACACACACACACACACACACCAAAGUUCAUAAUGCAGUGAUGGCCCUAAGUUAAGCAAAAUAUUUCUGCACACAAAACUCUCUGGUUUACUUCGAAUUAAAGUCUAUUUAAUAAAGCUGUCUAACUUUUUGUGUCUUCAAAA